AGCUGCCUGUUAGCGCGAGACAGGUACGCGGCUUUCUCGACCCGCCUCCCGCCCAGGCCCGAGCGCCGCACUCCUCCGUGCUGUUUGACGAGGUGCGCGCGCGUUCUUGUCUUCCCCCGUGGCUGAGGGGCGCGUGGGGGCCGCGUCCAGGAGACAAAGGCCCGAACGUCGGCGCGUUCUGAAACCACGGUCUCGGGCUGAGGUUGCGUGCUCAUUGUGGUGUCGAGAGCCGAAGGGCCUGCUGGCCACCAGAGGGGGCUGAAGGGCCUGAGGAAGCUUGCACCUCAGGGCGGCUCGCGCACGCGGUCUGUGUUAGAGCCUGUGAAUCGGGGACCCUGUACUCCUUGCUUUUUUUAGGGACUCUGUUACUUGAUGACCACAAUGAAAAAUAGGAGCCAAGAUGAUAUGGUAUCUGGCACGCUUCCAAAGCUCAAGAGCUCCAAAGAAUGGUUGGAACCACAGUCGCUUUCUUUUAUGGAGGCUUUAGCUAAAGAAGAUACCGAUGCAGCUGUUCAAUCAAUUUUAUAUAGAGAAAAUUAUAUAAUGAAGGAACUAGAUAAGUAUUUACAUCAUCAUGACUUCUUAAACACAAGAAAAAAAGAGAUGUUGUAUAAAAAAUGGGUUGAACGCGUGGCAGAUCCUCUCCAGAAGAAAAUUAUAGAAAAAGUUUGUUCACAUAAGAACAUUAAAAAGAGGAGACGUCAAGAAUUAGACAAUUUUUUGAAACAUUCAAAUAAGAAGGGAAAUGCAUUUAUAGAGCAUUAUGAUCCAAAAGAAUAUGAUCCUUUUUAUAUGAGCAAAGAGGACCCCAAUUUUCUGAAGGUUAUCAUGCCACCAUUUCGUGACCCCUUGAAAAAAGCCCAAUAUGACAAGGAUGAUGAAAAGAGAACUCUUCUGCAGUGUGAGACUGGCAAAAUCUAUACAAUGAAAGAAUUUAAAGAGCUCGAGAAGGCCCAGUUGCAUUCCAGAUUUCCGAGUAUUUCCAAUUCAAGGCAAAGUAUGACUCCAAAUGAAUGGCUUAAAGUGCCCAUGAGUUAUAUAGAAAGUGAAUUUUGUAAAAGGAGCAGGUAAUAAUUGACAUAAUAGAAGGUGUGGUCUUCUUAGACGUUGAAAAUUCUUUCUUGGGAUGAUAGUGCUAUAUUUCAGCAAUGAUUUUUUUUUUUUUUACAAUAAAGUCUGCUGUGAUUCAUUGUUCCUCUGUAUGUAAUAAUUCUCUUGGGUACUCUCAAGACUCUCCAGCUUUUGUUUUUAUCAGAUAGACUCUGAAGUAGCUAAGUUUAUUUUACUUUUUCCUCUUCAAGUUCUCUGACGUUUUUAUUUUCGUCAUUAUAUAUAGUUCAUUAAUUUUUGGGGGGGAGAGCGGCUAGACAACUAUCACUUCAAAUAUUUCUUAGGUACCGUUCUGUCUGCUUUUAGUUCCCACAAGUGGCCGUGGAUAAUGUCCUCAGUUCUGUAAGUCUUCUGAUAUUGGUUGACUUUACCUUUUCUUCUCGUGUUUUGGUUAGAUGAUUUCUACUGAGCUGUCUGCAGGUCCACAGAAUGUCCUUGUGUGUGCUGUCUGCUGAUGAACCAUCAAACACACCAUCUGUGACAUCACCAUAUUUGGCAUUUCCAUUAGAUUUUUUUUUUUAGUUUUCACCUUUUCUGAAAUUCUCCAUCCAUUGGUGCACACUGUCUACUUUUUCAACCUGAGUUUUAUUAAAAAGUAAUAUUAAUCACAGUAACUUUAGAUUUUUAAUCUGAUAGGUCCAAUAUCAGGAUUAUUUCUGAAUUUGGUUCAGCCUGGUUCUGUUGAUUGCUUUAUAUCUUCACUAGGCAUUUUAUUUUACCUAUUUUGCAUGUCUUAUGAUUUUAUAAUUUAAAACUUUUUUAUGUAUAUGGGUGUUUUGCCUGCAUAUCUGUUUAUACAUCAGGUGUGUGCCUGGUGCCUAAAGAUGUCAGAAGAGAGUAUUGGAUACCCUGGAACUGGAGUUAAAUGUGAGGCACCAUGUGGGUGCUGGGCAUUGAACCUAGGUCCUCUGGAAGAAUAGCCACUGUGUUUAACUGCUAAGCCAUCUUUCCAACCCAGUGUUUUGUUUGUUUGUUUGUUUGUUUUUUGAGACAGGUUCUCAUUGUUUUUUGGGCUGGCCUGGAACUCCACGUGUACAUCAGAUUAGCCUCAAACUCACCUCUAGAGACCGUCCUGCCUCUGUUUCCUAGUGGCUGUGUUGAAAGGCAUGUAUCAGCACACCUGACCUUAACUUUAGAGUUUAAAAAUGGAAUAUUAGACAUUUAGGAUGGAAAAAUAGUACAGAUUCAGUAUUUUCUUUAGAAACUGACCUGCCUCUUCUGUCACACAGUAGUAUUGGGAGACUUGGUUUAUUGAUCAGAAGUUGAUCUAAGUUUUGGUAUUCUUUUAGUUAUUGUCUCUAGACUCUAGAGAUCUUAAGAAACAAAGAUUUAUUUUAUUUAUGUGUAUGUGUAUGAAAGUAUGCAAUGUGUGUCCUGCUCACACAUCAAAGGGUGUCAGAUACCCUGGAGCUGAAGUUUCAGGGAGUUAUGAACUGCCUGUGUAGGUGCUGGGAAUUGAACCUGGGUCCUCUGGAAGAGCAGCCAGUGCUCUUUAUGGCUGAUCCGUCUCUCCAGACCCCUGGACAACUUCUCUCUCUCUCUCUGAUAUUAUCUUUAAUUUCUAUGUACAUAUGUGAGCCUGCAUGUGGAUAUGUGACCAUGAGUACAGGUUUCUGCUGAGUCUGAAAGAGGCCAUCCUGGUGCUGGUGUUACCAGGUAAUAGUGAGCUGUCAGAGUGGUGCUGGCAAACACACAAAUCUUCUGGAAAAGAAGAUUUAGCAGUCCAGCUAUUUCUCCAGCCCCAAGAUUUUGAUUUUGUUUGUUUGUUUUUCAGUAGGGAUGUUGUGUGAGGGUCUCAGGAUAAUGGUG